AUGGUUCGUUCCUCAGCGCGCGCGCGCCCUGAUCCCGCGGUUCGGCGGCCGCCGCUGCCUGGGAGGGGGGAAGGACGAGGGAGACCCGGGGCUUCGCGAGGGGAGCCUCGGCCCAGGACCCGAGGCGGCCGCUCUCCCCGCCCUUUCUCAAAAGCCGCCCAGCCGGGAGGGACCGUCCAUGGCGAAAGAAGCCGAAGAGCGGGAGCUGAAGGUUCCCGAGGAGAUGUUCAAAGAUGUCAAGUUCUUCGCCGUGGGAGACAUAGGCGCCGAGGUUAUUCAGCUUUUGAAAGAUGGCAAGGCGAAGGAGGUUUCUUACAAUGCUCUGGCAUCACACAUCAUUUCAGAAGAUGGAGACAAUCCAGAAGUUGGUGAAUCUCGUGAAGUCUUUGAUCUUCCAGUAGUAAAACCUUCUUGGGUAACUUUGUCGGUUCGAUGUGGAGUUCUUCUGCCAGUAAAUGGUUUCUCCCCAGAAUCCUGUCAGAUAUUUUUUGGAGUUGCUGCUUGUCUGUCUCAGGUUUCCACUGAAGACCGAAGUACACUGUGGGCUUUGAUUACGUUUUAUGGUGGAGAUUGCCGGCUGAGCCUCAAUAAAAAAUGCACUCAUUUGAUUGUGCCUGAGCCAAAAGGGGAGAAAUAUGAAUGCGCCUGUAAAAGAGAAAACAUUAAAAUUGUGACACCUGACUGGGUUUUGGAUUCUGUAUCUGAUAAAACUAAAAAAGAUGAGGCUUCCUAUCAUCCACGAUUAAUUAUAUAUGAGGAAGAGGAAGAAGAGGAGGAAAAUGAAGAUCAGGAUUCUCAAAAUGAAGCCAGCACAGAUGAAAAGUUGUCAAGUCCAGCAUCUUCUCGAGAAGGCUCACCUUUGGGUGAUCGAGCUUUUUCACCUAAAUCUAUUGAUGCUGAUAAAACGAAAGGAGAACUGAUGUUUGAUGAUUCAUCAGAUUCGUCUCCUGAAAAGCAUGAAAGAAAUUUGAACUGGACACCUGCUGAAGUUCCACAGAAUACAGCAAAGCGCAGAUUGCCUUCAGGCAAGGAUUCUGGAUUGAUAAAUUUGUGUGCCAAUGUCCCACCUGUCCCAGGCAAUAUUUUGUCCUCUGAGAUGAGAAGUAAUAUAAUGGCUUCAGUACAAAGUCCUCAAAGUUCUGGACGUCCUGAAAUGAUGGCUGCAUGGAGUCCUGCAGUACGGACAUUAAGAAAUAUUACCAAUAAUGCUGAUAUUCAGCAGGUUAAUAGACCAUCAAAUGUUGCGCAUAUCUUGCAAUCACUUUCUGCUCCUACAAAAACUUUGGAGCAGCAAGUAAACCAUAGCCAGCAGGGACAUUCAAAUGCUGUGUUGCUUAGUCAAGUUAAAUUGACUCCAGAGACACACUUACUACACCAGCAGCAGCAUCCACCUCAGCAGUCACAGCAGCAGCAACAGCAACAACAGCAGCAGCAGCAGCAACAACAACAACAGCAGCAGCACCUCCCUCUCUUGCAUCUUCCAUCCCAACAAAUUGUGCAGUUGCAGCAACAGCAGCAGCAGCAGCCUCAGAUUACUCAACAGUCUUUCUCUCAGCAGCCUCAUCAGUUUGUGCAACAGCAAGUUCAUCAACACCAAUUCUCACAGCAGCAGUUACAGUUUUCUACACAACAGAUACAUUCUCAGCAGCAAGUACAUCGUCCUCAACAACAGUUGCAAUUUCAGCAGCAGCAUGCCUUGCAACAGCAGUUGCAUCAGCUACAGCAACAGCAGCUACAGCAACAGCAGCUGCAACUACAGCAGCAAAACCUUCAACAGCAGUUACAGCAGCAGCAACUACAGCAGCAACAUUUGCAACGAAUGCAGCAGCAGCAGCAGCAACAACAACAACAAAUGCAAAAUCAAGCAUCUCAACUCUUGACCCAGACUUCUCAGACAUUACAACAUCAGGUUCCAGUUCAGCCAUCGCAGCAUCCUCAGCAGCAACAGUUGCAGCAGCAGCAGCUCUUUGGGCAUGAUCCAUCCAUAGAAAUUCCAGAAGACUAUUUUCUGUUGGGUUGUGUCUUUGCAAUUGCUGAUUAUCCUGAGCAGAUGUCUGAUAAACAGUUACUGGCAACAUGGAAAAGGAUAAUCCAAGCAAAUGGCGGUACAGUAGAUCCCACAUUCACAAACCGGUGUACACAUCUUCUCUGUGAAAGUCAGCUUAGUAAUAUGUAUGCUCAGGCUUUGAGAGAAAGGAAGAGAUGUAUCACAGCACACUGGUUGAACUCUGUGCUAAAAAAGAAGAAAAUGGUACCACCUCACCGAGCUCUUCAUUUUCCUGUAGCAUUUCCACCAGGAGGGAAACCAUGUUCACAGCAUAUAAUCUCAGUGACAGGUUUUGUUGAUAGUGACAGAGAUGAUCUCAAGCUGAUGGCCUACCUCUCAGGUGCAAAAUACACAGGCUAUCUUUGUCGCAGCAACACAGUUCUCAUCUGUAAAGAGCCAGCUGGUUUAAAGUAUGAGAAAGCCAAAGAGUGGAGGAUACCAUGUGUGAAUGCGCAAUGGCUCUGUGAUAUAUUACUUGGAAAUUUUGAAGCACUGCGGCAAAUACAGCACAAUCGAUACACAGUAUUCAAUCUUCAAGAACCACUUGCUCCUAAUCAACAUCUGGUUUUAAACCUUCUUGAUGCUUGGAGAGUUCCACUAAAAGUAUCGUCAGAACUUCUAAUGGGUGUGAGAUUACCACUAAAACCAAAGCAAAAUGAAUCGGUAAUUCAACCGUCAAGCAAGCGGCCAAGAAUUGAAGACUUGCCAACUCCUAAUAAAAACGUGACAUCAGAAUUGACGCCAGUAGUGCUCUUCACGGGAUUUGAGCCUUCCCAGGUGCAUCAGUACAUCAAGAAACUCUACAUUCUUGGAGGUGAAGUAGCAGAAUCUGCCCAGAAAUGCACUCACUUAAUAGCGAGUAAAGUGACACGCACUGUAAAAUUCCUUACAGCUAUUUCAGUUGUAAAGCAUAUAGUAACCCCAGAAUGGUUGGAAGAGUGUUUCAAGGGCCAGAAGUUUAUAGAAGAGCAAAACUACAUACUCAGGGAUGCAGAAGCUGAAGUUCUUUUCUGUUUCAGCUUAGAAGAAUCUCUAAAGAAAGCACAGGAGACACCGCUCUUCAAGGGAAAGUACUUCUAUAUUACACCUGGAAUUUGCCCAAGCCUUUCCACUAUGAAAUCUAUUGUGGAAUGUGCAGGAGGAAAGGUAUUGAACAAACAACCUUCUUUCCGAAAGCUCAUGGAACACAAGCAAAACAAAAGUUUAUCAGAGAUUAUUCUGAUUUCUUGCGAAAAUGAUCUUCACUUAUGUCGAGAAUAUUUUGCCAGAGGCAUAGAUGUUCACAAUGCAGAGUUUGUUUUGACUGGCGUUCUUACUCAGACACUGGAUUAUGAAUCAUAUAAAUUCACUUGACUGGAAGUGAAAAUGCCUUAUUGCUGUAGACUCCUUGAAUCCUUCCUUCCUUCCAGCUUUUUCAGCCUGUGGAUCAGUUGGCACUUCUGGAGUUCUUGUCCCCUUCCUCCCUUGUUUUGCUGAAGGCCAAUGAGCAGUUUGAGGCAGGAGAGCAAACGUUAAUUGCAUCUGUUUAAGAUGUGCAGCAUUUUAUUAUUAAAACAUAAUUAACUAUGUUCUUUGUAUUAUACUAGAGAGAGGUUACUUUUUAUAUCACAAAUUAGUUUUCCUAAUUUUUUUUAGUUGUCACAACUGUUGGUACUUAACCACACAAAAUUGGAAUGUAAAGAGAAAGGGCUUGUGGUAUGUAAAUUAUGGAAAUAAAGUAUUUUGUAUUUUAUUUUAUUAAGCUCUGUUUCUUUUAUAUUACUAAUAUCCUGGUUUUUGUAUAAAUAUACUUUUAAAUAAUGUUUCUUUAAGAUUUCGUAGUGGCUCCUUUCCUCUUCUUUUAAAUACUGUGCAAUUAUGGCACUAUGGUAAGAGUAAAUUACUCUAAAUCAUUCUUUCAAAUGCUGUAAGAUAAUCUUCCCUUUAUUUUACAAGGUAUGUUUUAAUAUUAAAAACCAAGUAUUUUAAGCAGAAUUUAUUGUUAAUGUUUUGUGUAUUUCUACUGAAGUUAGGUUGAACUCAUUCAUAUCUACUGCUAUAAUUUUUCUUGAAAUAAUUUUUAAUGAAGUAAAUAUGCAAAAAAUGAAUUCACAGAACUAAACUCACUCAAGGUGAAUUACAUUUGCAAAAUUAUAUUGUACAUAAUGGAACUAAUUAUAAAUUGAGUAUAUGUUAUUUAAAAACUAGUAUCAAACUACUGUUUCAGCAAGAACAAUGUCUGGUAAGGUGCAGCCAGUUCCCAAAGAUUCUUUUAAAAAGUACAAUUCCUUCCAUGGAUUAUCUAUGGAUCCAAUAACAAAUCUCCAUUCAGUGAUUUUGAGGAUUUCAAUAAUUUGGGUUUGGCAAAAUUCUUUAAUUUAUAUAGGUUGAAAUAAUUAGCAUUUGUCUCACCUGACAGCAUGCCAUGUUUUGUGCAUUUGUGUUUCUGAAAAUGAAGGGCCAUAUAUGACAAAAAAACCCCCACAUGAUUCAUGUGGAGCAGCUGCAGGUAUAAAUUCUGAUGGUUUAAUUUUUAAAACAUGGCAGGUGGGACACGGAACACUACUGACAGACUUGCAAUGCACUUUGAAGCCACUGUACUAAAUGUUAACGGAAGUUAGUUGAUCUUUUCUCACACACUACAUUUUUGCAAGGUAUAGAAAGUACAUACUUUAGCCAACAUCUCUUUGUUCGUAACUGCCUUUAAAAGAAACCUCUUCACUGCUGAAACUUGGCAACUAGAUCAGCGUACCUUUUUUAGACGUCAUUGGCACCAUAACUUUUGAAGGUGUUUGUACUUGUGUGCUCACACUGGAAAAUGGCACAGCCAGAACAGAAAGUACAGCAGGUCCACCAUCAAGGCAUUGGAAAUGAUUUAUAGGAAAAGCAUAUGGAAAUACCUGCUGUCCUUAAAAUGAACAUGCUUUCCAUGUGGCUUUCAGUGAUGGUUGCCUCUUCUGCAGCAUCUGUGUCAUAUUUCUUGCCUGUAAAACAUUUGCCACAUUUAUGUUCUGUAUAAUUGCCACACUGAAUAUUUUAUGUAUGUUUAUUCUUAUAAAAGAGUUUUGGAACACU